AUGUCAUCUUCAAUGUCCUCCAAUUCUACAUUCAUAUCCAGUAGGUCCAUCAGUUCAGAUUUGGAUAUUUUAGCAACUUUAGUGGACCUAUUAAAUGAUCCCUUACCCAAUUACGAUACUCUUAUCGAUAAGUUGGUGGAUAACGAUCACCUAUUAUACCAAGGAUUUAAACUAUUUUUUCCUAAGGGACUGUUUCUUCAAACAUCAUCGUUGUUUUAUCUUUUAAUUCCUUAUCUUCAACAACAAAAUGAACAACAUUAUGGUUCUUUUAUUGAGAUACUAACAAACUUUGAAAGCUUACUUCCUCCUUAUUUUGAUAUCGAGUUCCCUCAAUUGGCAAAUGAACAAUUGAUCUAUGAUAUUACUCUAGAUUAUGCUCGAGUAUUUCCUCCCUCAACAAAAGCCUUCAAACUAUCCAUUAUCAAAGAGUUAAUGUUCAAUCCAGAGUCGAUUUUAGACCGAGAUGAAUAUUACGAGAAUUCCAUUCUUCGAGCCAUUAUAAGCAAAGAAAGUAAUGAUCGUCCUCAAUCGUUUGACGAAUUAAGCUUAAAAGUCAUCGAUAUAAUGGAAUAUUUAAUGUUCUAUUUGGACUCGUUAAAGGUGAUAUUAAAGAUAUUUAAUAAAGUUCGGUUGACGCUAUCAUUCAAGAGUGAGAUCCUAAGCUUAGAAGCUCAUUUAUAUGACGAUGCCCAACAGCAGUUGGCUAGUAAAUUAGAACUAACCAACGAAACUUUAACACAAGAAUUGGAUCUAAUUAUUCAAGGAGGUACCAAAGGGUUGAGUCAAUGGCCAGCAAUACCUUAUGCUAUCAAAACGUUGAAACAACUCCAUGGUUAUAUUCAAGACGUGCAUGUUGGCUUCCAGUGGACUAUAGAUAGACUACCAAAAGAGUAUCCACAGCCUGGAUCGAUUUUAUUGAAGGAUGAACAUCACUUUCUAAAAGUUAUUGAUAACUUUAUAAAGCGUUUUGGAGGUUUAAUCGAAUUAUUGGAACGAGAAAUUAUAGAUACCAUUGAUAAACUUCCAGAACAACAAGAAGAUGAUGAAAGUAUCAAUAAUAACCAUAAAAUAUUUAUCAUUACCAGUUUUAUUGAGCUGAGGACAUUUUUGGAAUUGGACUCAAUGCUAAAAGGUGAGUUUUUUCAACGGAUUAACUUAUUUUCCUUCCGAUUCGUAUUUGAGGAUUUAAUUACUAAAUUAUUGCAUACCAAUAAUGAAGAAUUUAUUAUCCAAUAG